CCUCUCUGACGGUGGGAGGUCGAGAGCAGAUAGAGCAGAGUAUACCAGAGUGAAGCCAUUCACAACACAAGAGGAACACCGCUAAAAGGAGGACACGAUCUCUUAUUGCUCAUACUAACUGGACACAGAGGUAAGCAUGUCCAAAGCAGGAGAGCGGACCCCUUCAACAACUUCCGCUGACUCAGCCUCAACAGAUGGAAAAGAAGGCGGCACUAAAUCUCCCAAGGGAAAGGAGUCCCCAUCAGGCUCAGUCUCCGAAACGCCCAAGAAGUCUUUGAAGAAGUCCAAGAAGGUCUCUGAGAGUAAGAACAAAGUCUACAUCUCCGUGCUCAACAGUAUUUUUGGGGCGGACAGAGAACUGGCUCAGGCUGAAUUAGACGAGCUGCACGAGGCCUUUAAGGAGUUUGACUACGACCAAGAUGGCUACUUGAACUACAAGGACGUGGCUGAGUGCAUGAGGACUAUGGGAUACAUGCCCACUGAAAUGGAGCUGCUGGAAAUAGUGCAACAGAUAAAGAUGAGAAUGGGCGGGUUAAUGGACUUUGAAGACUUCAUUGAACUGAUGGGACCGAGGAUGAUGGGCGAGACAGCGGACAUGCUGGGACUAAAGGAGCUCCAGUCGGCCUUCAUGCAGUUUGAUGUAGACGGAGAUGGAAUAAUCAACCUGGACGAGUUGAAGGAAGCGCUGAAGACCCUGCUGGGGGAGAAGCUGAAGAAAGGAGAACUAGAGGAGAUCUUAAAGGAGCUGGAUAUUAAUGCAGAUGGGAGCAUUGAUUUUGAAGAGUUUGUGAUGAUGCUCUCUAUUCGCUAAUCGUUCGACAGACCGACCAACCAUGGACAGACUGCUUUG